UAAGACAAAUGUAUGAGGAGAUGCGGUUGAUAGCUAGCGAAACAGUUGAUUAUCUUAUACAGCAAGCUGUAAUUGAAAUAGAGGAUCUAUCAAUAAUAGAACCAACAUAUUUGGAUACUACUCUUGCUGAAGAAUCCCUUUUUGAUACUUAUGAACAUCCAGGGGAGCCUAUACCAGGAUAUUAUGAUGAAUUCUUAGGAUCUACUGUUGAAAGAAGCUCUUCAGAACAGAUUUCAUUUUUUGAAGAAUCAGAGGAUCUAUCAAAAUACGAUUCUGAGGAAGAUAAUUUUGAAGAACUUAAGUCUGUCUAUGAGCAAACAAAGACAUUGAAAUCGUCAUUUGAUUCUGAUUUGCUCACUCAAACUGUUGGUGAUAUGAUAGAUACAGCAAUAACUGAUGCAGAGCAAGAUUUUCUUAAAACCUUGCCUGUGAUUGGUUUUGUGACUGAUGAACUAGUAGACACAGCCAUAAUGGAUGUAAGGAAGGAGUUGUAUGAAAAUAGCUUGGAAACUUCUCCCAUAACUAGAUAUGUAACCGAUGAAGUUAUAAAUACGGCAUCAACAAAUGCAAUGAAAGAAUUGUGUCAAGAUGCCCUUGAGGCUUUGACAGUGACUGGUUUUGUAACUGAUGAACUAGUAGACAUGGCAGUAACAGAUGCAAGGAAAAAGCUGUAUGAAAAUAAUUUGGAAACUUCAAAAGUAACUAGUUCUGUGACUGAUGAAGUGAUAAAAACUUUAAUUAUUUAUCCAACUUACAAAGAUGAUAAUGAAGAAAGCCCUGAUCAUUCAUCGGUGUUAUGCCUUAAAAAACCAUCGGAAAUAAACCAAAAAACUUUACAGGAGUCAUAUGAUGACUCUGAGUUACUUCACACAGAAUAUGACUCAAAAAGUAAUCUUUCAAAGCAUAUCAUUCAGGAUACAAAUUUGUUUUGUGUUAACAAAAUGCAUCAGAUUAAAUCAACUGAACAAUUGUCUUCCUUGAAUAUAUCCAAAUCACUACCACAAACUAUAAGUUCAACAAAGGUAUGUACAGAAACAGAAGAUGCAGGUGGCACCCAUUUUUCAACACAGAAAACAACUUCUUCUUCAGAACCAGACUUGCACAAUGAGCAAAAUAUAUCCACUGUUGCAAAAAAACAUUCACAAUCUACAAACUUCAAGUCAGGUGGACAAGAGUGAAUAUCGGAUAAAAAUAAACUUGGUUGCUGCUAAUUCAUAAUGGUUUUUUUUAUUUGUAAAGUCUUUAAAAAAUGGUGCUUUAAAAUAACUGUUCUUUUAAAAAUUUGUAAUGAACCAGAAUGAGUAAAAGCAUGGAUGUCAAAAGAAAUGGAAACAAUGAAACACAACUUUGAUAUCAUUUAUACCUUAUUAUAUAACAAAUAUGUACACAUACGUAGUCAAUAUAAUUUGUUUAA